AUGGGUUAUCUGAAACAAAUUGACAUUGAAAACUUCAAGUCAUGGCGAGGGAAGCAGGUUAUUGGCCCGUUUAUGCGAUUUAAUUGUGUAAUUGGCACAAAUGGUUCUGGCAAGUCCAAUGUGAUGGACGCCCUGAGCUUCGCCAUGGGGGAGCGGGCUGCCCUCCUCCGGGUAAAGCACCUUGGAGACCUGGUUCACGGAGCCCACAUCGGCCAGCCUGUGUCCAGCACGGCCCGGGUCUCCAUCCGGUACCGUGACGACCAGGAGCAGGAGACAGUCUUCCGUCGUAGCAUCACCGGAAACACCUCUGAGUAUCGCAUCAACGGCGUUCAAGUUAGUCUCGUCAAAUACUUGGAAGAGCUUAAGAAGAUUGGCGUUGUGACCAAAGCCCGAAACUGUCUGGUGCUUCAGGGGGCAGUGGAGUCCAUUGCUUUGAAGGACCCGAAGGAGAGGACGAAAAUGUUCGAGCUAAUCAGUCAGUCGGGAGAGUUUGCUGCAGAGUACGAUAAGAAGAAAGCGGCUCUGCUUAAGGCCAGAGAGAAUACACAGUUUCAGUUUAACAUGAAGAAGUCUGCCACCGUAGAGAGGAAGCAGGUGUCCCAGGAAAAAAUUGAGGCCCAGAAAUACCAGUCAAUGGUUGACGACCUUCACCAAAACCGCCUGCAGCUAAGCCUGGCUGAGCUCUACUACAAUGAGAGGGGUAUCAACACUCUCAGUGACAUCCAGAAGGAGAAACAGCUGGCUGCAGCUGCAAAGAACAAUAAAGUGGUGAGCUCGGAGCACAUGGUCAAAACUGACAAGAAGGAACAGGGACGUCUUACUAGAGAGCAGCAGCACACUGAGAAGGAAAUUCGUGCCCAAGAACAUAUCCUGUCUCAGGCUCGGUCUCAGUACAUCAAAGCCAAGGUUAACACCACCCAUCACAUGAAAAAGGCCGAGGAGGUCAGUUAUGCCCUGAAGAAGGGUCAGAGUGUGCUGGCCAUCAAAAAGCAGGACUUGGCAGAGGGUCGACGGGAGAUCGCUGAACUGGACAGGACCUGGAAGAACUACGAGGAGCAGGCCCAGCAGCAGGGAGCUUCCCACAGGAGGGACAUCGAGCUGGAAGAGGAUCAGUUAGAGCGAUACAAGGACCUGAAGAAGCUGGCUCAAAAGCAGGCAACUGUCCUCAGCCAGCAGGCAGAGAAACUGCAGUGGGAGGUGAAAGCGGACUGCGAAAAGAUGGCCUUUGACCAGUGCAGAAAGAAAGAAGUUGAGGUUGGCAUCAGGAGCAACCGCACUCAGCUGGAAGAUUUGACACGUAGAACAGAGAAGCUGGAGGAGUACACCAGGACCUGCAAGUCGUCCCUUGAGGAGUAUGGUCAGCAAGAGGUGCGUCUUAAUGCAGAGCUGCAGCAUGGACGCCAGCGCAGCCAGGAGGUGAACCAGGAGAUGGGGCAGGUGCUGGAGGAGCUGGGUAAUGCCCGUCUGUACACACAGGAAAGCCGGCGCCAGCUGCAGCGCAAAGAGAUGCGAGAGAAGCUACGCAGACUUUACCCUGAAUCUGUGUAUGGUCAGCUGUUGGACUUAUGCAGUCCAAUCCAUAAGAAGUACCAGCUGGCUGUCACCAAGGUGUUUGGCCGUUACAUGAAUGCUAUUGUGGUGACCACGGAGAAAGUGGCGCGUGACUGCAUCUCUUUUAUUAAGGAGGAGCAUUAUGAACCUGAAACCUUUCUGCCCAUCGACUACUUGGAUGUGACUCCUCUGAAUGAGAGACUGAGGGAGCUGCCUGGCGCCAAGAUGAUGGUGGAUGUUGUCCAGGUGAACGCUGCUGCAGGUGCCGCCCAGCUGAGAAAAGUAGUGCAGUUUGUCUGUGGCAAUACCUUGGUGUGUGAGACGAUCAAAGAAGCUCGGAGCAUGGCCUUUGACAGACAGGAGCGGAAUAAGACCGUAGCGCUGGACGGGACACUGUUUGCAAAGUCAGGCGUGAUCUCUGGAGGCUCCAGUGAUCUGCGGAGCAAAGCUCGCUGCUGGGACGAGAAAGACAUGACACAUCUGAGGGAACGUAAGGAGCAGCUUACAGCUGAGCUACGCACUCUGAUGAGGCUGAAGAGAAAGGAGUCAGACCUGAACCAGAUCAUUGCUCAGGCUCAUGGUGCUCAGACCCGCCUCAAAUACUCAAAAAAUGAGCUGGCAAACCUUCGCAAAAUAAAUAUCCUUCACUGCCAAGCGGAGAUUUCUCGUAUGGAGAGUGAAUUAGCAAACCUGGACUCUCAGAUCAAGAUGCAGCAGGAAAGUGUGGAGGCAAAGGAUGCAACGAUGAGAAGGAUCAGAGACCAGAUCGAUCAGAUCGAGGACCUGGUGUUUGCUGACUUCUGUGCUGAGAUCGGUGUGGACAGCAUCCGAGAGUAUGAGCAGGAAUACCUUAAACAGCAGGAAGAGCUUGACAAGAAAAGGCUGGAGUUUGAGUCACAGCGUGCUCGUCUGAGUGCUCAGCUGGAGUACGAACAAGACCAACUAAAGCAGCAGAUAGAGAAGCUUUGCAAAAUGGAGGCAACUAUCAACAAGGAGAAGAGGUCAAUGGCAGAGCAGAAGAAGGAUGAGGAGCAGCUGCUGCUGCUGGUGGAGGAAGCUCAGAACAAACUGCUGGAGGUGAACAACAGGCUGCUGUCUAAUAAGAACCAAGUGGCUGCUGCCAAAGCUGAGCUGGACCAGAAAACCCAAAGGCUUCAAGAGAUCAAACAAGAGUUGGUGAAGCUUCAGCGUGAGGUGAUGUCUGCAGAGUCGGCUUUAGAGCAGAAACGCUUGGCCAGACACAACCUACUGCUGGCCUGCAAGAUCCAGAGUCUGCCCAUCACUCUGCUGUCAGGGAGCCUGGAUGAAAUCAGUAGGGUGCAGCCGGACACAGAAUCAGAAAGCACUUCAGCUACCAUGGACAUCUACGAGAGAGAGGCACAACUCGUCAUCGAUUACUCUGAUCUGGAGGCUGAGCUCAGGAGUCUGCAGGGAGAGAAGGAGGUAGAGGCUUCACUAGAGAAGCUGAAGGAGUCAGUGUCCGCCAUAGAGUCAGAACUGCAUCGCACCACUGCCCCCAACCUGAAAGCUCUGGAAAAGAUGAUUGAGGUGAAGGACAAGUGUCAGGGAGUGACCGAAGCCUUUGAAGCCAGCACCAAAGUUACCAAAAAGUGCAACCAGGAGUUCGAGCAUGUCAAAACCCAGCGCCUCCACCUCUUCAACCAGUGCUUCGAGCAUGUGUCUGUCGUAAUUGAUCAGAUCUAUAAAAGAAUUUGCAGGAACAGCAGUGCUCAGGCCAUUUUGACUCCAGACAAUCCAGAGGAACCAUACCUUGGCGGCAUCAACUACAACUGUGUGGCGCCUGGAAAAUCCUUCAUGUCCAUGGACAAUCUGUCUGGUGGAGAAAAGUCUAUUGCUGCUCUGGCCCUGGUGUUUGCUAUUCACAGCUUCCGCCCUGCUCCUUUCCUUGUCUUGGAUGAAGUGGACGCAGCCUUGGACAACACUAACAUCAACAAGUUGACCAGUUUCAUCAGAAAGGAGUCCAGAAAGAACAUGCAGAUCAUUGUCAUCUCCCUGAAGGAGGAAUUCUUCUCCAAGGCAGAUGCUCUGCUGGGAGUCUACUCAGAUUUUGCUGAGUGCAUGUUCAGCCGCAUGCUGACCCUGAACCUGCAGCAGUACCCUCUGGUUGAAGAAAACAAUGGAAAACUUACCGACAAGGAGGAAAGAGUGGACCAAACACAGGAUUCCAGAGGCCUGGAGUCCUCCGCCUGA